UCCGCCCAGGUGAGGUGAGGACGAAGACGAGAUCUACACCACCCCUAUCCGUCCAUCAACAGGCCAAGUGCCUCGGUGCCGGCCACCCGCAGGUCACCUCAACCCCAACAGGCGCCAAACAAUAAAAGUCUUGACCCAGUGUCCCUCAGACAGCCUGCGCAAAGCAAAUAUUUGAGGCCAUUAUAUCUAAUUUMWCCAGGCAGCUGUCACCGAGAAGAUCAGCGAAGGGUGUUGUGAGGAGAUAAAAAAAGAAAAGAGAGAAGAAAAAGUGGGGGAGGAAAAAGUCACUCUUUCAAAGUGCUCCCUGCGAGUUAUUUCUGCUGCGCUGUGGGCAGAGAGCAUCUCAUUUAGGAGAGCUUUUGGCUGACAAAAAAAGCACUUCCCUGUGCCCUGCCUUCCUCUCCAAAUGCCUGUGUAAAUACUGGAUAGAGAUAUAAAUUUGUCUGGGCCCAACAAAGAGACCGUUUGCUAUCUAUAGACAACGUUACAACAACUUGGACUCUGUGGUCACCUGAAUUGCAGCUUAUCUAUUAUCCUUCAAGGAGGAUUCAAGAGCUGCGAGAACUGGAAUGUGACCGUUGCCUCCUCUUAAAAACCUUUUCAAACACCCUCACUGGUUCAAAUCUUCUCAGGGUCAAACAACAACUCUCUUAGGGAAACUGAGUCAUCGGGCGGCUGCAGUUUUGAUGCCUUUCCCUGCCCUGUGAGUCAACAUGAAACCCCUAACACCGAUUGGAUCCCCCUCUCCACUGAGGCUCCUCAACAAGGGUCCAGACUACCUGCGCAGGCAGAUUGAUGGCGGUGGUCAUGGUCGCUCGAUCAGUGCAGUGGAGAGGCUGGAGGCAGACAAAGCCAAAUAUGUGAAGAGCCAGCAGGUGAUCAACACCAAGCAGGAGCCUGUGCUGGUUCCCUGUGCGACGCCGCCACCACAGCCCCGGCGAGGUGUUGCCAGCCCCGGGAGCCUGACCCCUCAUCUCCCCCCACGUCAUUCAUCCAACACCCCCUUCUCCACACUCUCCGGCUCCUUCACCUCACGAGAUGAAGAUGAAAACGAUGACUCCAGAAAGGAGAACAGACGGACUUCUCUCGACACUGAGACACAUAACAGGAGCAAUGUUAACAAAGUGAUGCCUCCAAGCCCCAGGACACCGGGGAUUAACACCUUCGUAGCACCACACAGCGCCCCUGUGCUCAGAAGAAGCACUGGUAAACGCAUGAUGAGGCCCGACUCGCUCCUCAUCUACCGUCAAAAGAAAGAGUGCAAAAGUCCCAGUGGUGCGGCAGUGGGAGAGAACAAUAACAUGGAGGUGAAGGGAUACAGUUUUGUCCGCCGCCUAUUUCAGGGCUCCAUGAGGGAAAAGAGUAGCGGAUGUGAAGGUAGAAUUCAGAAAAUGGUGAUCGGUGAAGAAAAAGCACCAUCACGGGAUGGAGAUUCCCGCAUGUCUUGGACCAAUGACAAAGACACAGUGGAUGCUGGACCAGGGAGCAGGAGGUCGAGUAAAACUGACCAAGAACGCAGCCCGGGCUCGUUCCCUAGUCCUGGGUUCAGCUGCACACUUGAAUGGACUAAGAAUGGAUUUACAAAUAGUGCCAGGGAGGAGAUAAACAAUAGAAUCACCAAUGGAAACCACUCAACCGACCAUGAUGACGAGAAUGACCCGUGGAAGCGGGCGUCUCCGCCACCAGUGCCCAGGAGGAAGUUUGGGCAGUUGCAUCGCUCCAAGUCGGACCUGCGUCUGCGCUGCUCUGUGGCGUUAUCAGAGCAGGAGAAUUUCUUUGACUUUUGCGGGCUGGAUAUCGACAUGAUCGAGCGUCUGGGUCGGGAGAACUUCCUCUCUGGGGCCAGCUCCAUAGACACGCUCUCAUUGGCCCUCCGCAGCUGUGGCGGCUCGGAGCCCAGCGAGUUCUCCCGACACUCGGGAGACGGCCUGUUCCAGGAGGAGCUGGCCGAGCAGGUUCCCACUGGUGUGUCGAUCAUCGAGAGAAACGCUCGGGUCAUAAAGUGGCUUUAUGGGUGCAAGAACGCAGCUAGAGAGGGACCCAAAGAGUCGACUGUUUAAAACAAGGACAAGGAGCCAUGUGCCAUGGAGUGCUGAGAAUCUGCCGGAGUUAUUUUUAGCAAAACAUGAGUUUUCUGUCUGAAAUCAUCUUGUGUCUUAUUUUUUUUACCCUUUGUGGAGAAAUUUGUCUCUGAGAUGCACCGCAAACCAAAAGUAAAAUUCACUUGAGCUUAAAAAUGAACUGUCGGAAUGGGCUGUAAUUAACAGGCCACAUUCCUCCAAUGCAAAACAAAAGGGAAAAAAAGAAUUUGCUUCUAUUUUUGAGCCACAAGAGGCAAAGCGGGUGAAAGCGGCCGAGCUUUGCAGGGCGAAGCUGUCAGAGAAGUGGGACUUUUCUUUUCAAUUUCAAACAAGAGUCAAUGACGGUCGAUCCAAGGUUUAGUUUGUUCCAUGGCACAUUGAAACCUUCACCCCUUCGUUCUUCCCCGACUCCAAAGAGACUUUUAAUGAGAGGACAGCGACUGCUACUAGUUAUCUCGUGUCAAAUUGAUAUAUUUUAUUUAUAGAUCCUAUGGAAGAAGUAUUGUGUGGGUGAAGACUGACCUUACUGGCGAAUGGAACCAUUUAUCCUUGCAAAAUGUUUUUGUAUCUGUAUGUGUGUGUGUGUGUGUGUG